UGAAGACGGCCGAGUUCCCGUCCCUUAUAACUGCUAUUUGUUGUUCUCUCGGUCAGCUGGAGUAGAAGGAGGACAGGAAACGCGGAAAAUAGAUAUGAAAUGUCUAUGACAGUUUCCCCGAAAUGUCGUCCCUCUGGAAGAAGUUUCGAGGUGGGUCUGGGGGAGGGAGCCCGAACCACACAGGCCAUGGAGCGGCUGCUAGCAGUUCUUCCUAUCAGGGGGGAGCUGAAGUAUGCCAGGGUGCUGAAGUGACCUCAUCGCCACCCUCACAGCAGGCACCGUCUAGUAACUUGCGCUUCAUUACACGUGCUGAUGAAGACCUGUUCAUGUCUGAGUUAGGGGACAAAAAGGUGGAUCCAUUGCAAAUACAAUCACAGUUUGUGAAGACUGUUGAAGAUAUCCUCAAUAGCCACUCCACUCUGCCGUACUUCUUGCAGUUUUUGCAAGGUUGGGGUGCUGAAAAGUAUGCAAGGUUUUGGCUGGAUGCUACUAGCUUCAGAGCUGCAGCUGUGACUCGCAUACGAAGCCAGGAUGUGCAUAUAACAUCCGACAUAGCAACUUCCACAACUAGCGAUAGAUCUUACAUAGAUUAUAGUGAUAGUAAUUGUACAGAACCGGAAAACAAGCAAAAACAGACAGUUGAUGAAAUAUUUGAGACUUACACUACUCAGUCAUGCUCAAAUUCAAGGACAGAAAGCUUUGGUCCAAAGGAAGAAAUGCAAUCUAGAGAUAAAGGAUUGGUCUUACCUGAUUUAGUAAGUAAUAUUAAACAUGCUAAUGAUGUUACUCCUCUUAAUAGCCCUGAUGGGAGCUUUAGCAAGGUGCUGAACUGUGAUGGUCGGACUUCUGAAGGGAACCCGAAAACUAGUGAUGAGAAGUGUGUGAUAUUACCCAAUCAUAUGGAUAGUGUUAAAGAAAGCAAUACAAAGCCAGUUGGAAGUGGAAGUGUUAUUACAGCAAAGCCUCUUUUAAAAGAUAAAAGAGGUUUUUCAAGUCCAAGUGCCUCAGUAUGUUCAAGGGCUCAGAAACUCAGACAAAGCAUAGCAGAGGAUGCCAUGAAGAUUUUCAACAAGUACAUAGCAAGGGAUGCAGAACAGUCUAUUGGUCUAGAUGAUGAUAUUAGAGAGGUUAUCCUACAAAAGAUCUCCGUAGUUCAGGAAGACAUUGAUUCUGAGUGCUUUGUUCCAGCACAGAAAAUAGUGUUUGGUGUCCUAGAAAGAGAAUACCUCCCAAAGUUUCUUGCAAGUGACUACUACCUCAAACACCAAAUUGAUGUUCUGACCAGUGGCUCUGUGCGUUUGGCAGAUAUUCUGUAUAGUGAUUCAGCAUUUCCUUACUUCAUGGAGUUUGUGGAGCAGGAAGGAGGAAGGCAGAUGCUGCAAUUGUGGGUGGCAGCUUCAAAUUUCCGUCAGCAGCUGAUUGAGCAUGCUGGCAUGUAUGAUCCACAGCAAGCACAGGCAGAUGCUAUGGUCCUUUAUGACAAGUACUUUUCUCUGCAAGCAACGUGUCCGCAAGGAUUCAGUGACCGAGUAAGAUUUGAAGUUGAAAGUAAUAUCUGCCGUGAGGAGGGACCCCUACCAUCCUGUUUUAAUUUGCCUCUCAGAGUGGUUCUGCAUGUUCUAGAAAGGGAUUUCCUCCCUGGCUAUUUGUCAUCCAGUCUUCACAUCAAGUACCUGAGUGAGUUGAUUAAUACUGUCAAGACGAGUAUUGAACUGCUUGGCCGCAAAAAGAGAUCAGGCUCUGAGAGCACAUGUAGCAGUGAGCAGAGCAGUACCUAUGGGGGAGCAGGAAUCAGUUCACAAAAUACACUGCUGGCGAUGGACACUUCGUCCACGCACCGUUUUCACAAUUUGGAUGGUGCCAUGAGAAUUGAUGAGGCUCAGAUUACGGAUCCAGAUUCACUAUGGAGGCGAAAGAAUUUCAGUAAAAUGAGCUGUGGAUUCAUAAAUGAGCUUGGAAGAUUUGAAUCAGAACUGCAGCCAGAGCCUGAUCGCAAGACAGAGUCAAAAAUUUCUCGAACUCUUAAAAGAUUUGUUAACAUGGAUGAAGAUAAGGUAAAAGAAGAUAUGGCUUACAAAGUGGCUGAGAUGAUUAUUAAAGAUGUGACAAGUGUAACCUUAGGAUCGCAAGGAAGCAACAGAUCCAGCAUGGAGUCCUCCCAGCCACCACUCACACCAUCAUCAGUGUCACAGGAUAAUCUCAGUGAUGUUUUCCCCUCAUGAUGUGAAAGAGGUGUCUAUAACAGACCAGUUUUAUCUGCUACAUACAGAAAUGUGAUAAUAGGACCGUGAAUCAUAGGAGCACUUACUGAAAUAACGAAUGUACAUAUGUACAUAUACAUAAUUAUUUUGUCCCCAGGGGGCUCAUUGGUGUUAGUGUCACAGCGUUUAGGGAAAAUUGGUCGUAGCUCGUGGACAGGCUCAGAGGAUUCCCAGUGAGGAUGUAAUUAAAGAGUUUGAUACUUGAGUGCGUGCAAUGGGAAUAAAGAGAUUGUCCUUGGUUUGGCAUAUGUUGUCGUCAGGCAGGAAGUGGAGAGCAGUGGCCAUUUUACUUCAAAGAAAAGAAGGCCAUUAUCUCUCUCUCACACACACACACACACACACACACACACACACACACACACACACACACACACACACACACACACACACACACACACACACACACACACACACACACACACACACACACACACACACACACACACACACACACACACACACACACACACACGUGUUUGUAAAUAUAUAGCAUGCUAAAUUAAAAGGAAUAUUAUUUCAGUCUAAUACUGUAAUGAGAAAGAAUAAACCUUAAGUACUACAAACAUCUGAAAAUGAUUCCUGGCAUCAGUUAAUAGUUUUGCACACAUUGAAAGUUGGCAUGUGAUCAGAUGCCUAGAGCCCUCUUUUGAACAGGAAACUAUUUUAUUGUCAGCAGCAUGAAAAGUAUGUAGGACUUAAUGGACUUUUAUUGAACUAUUUUACUGUCAGCAGCAUGAAAAGUAUGUAGGACUUAAUGGCCUGUUUCAGAUGAAUCAGUUUUUUGUUUCUAAGGGCAGUAUGAUGUACUUUCAGGUAUAACCAAUAGCAUCAGUAAGCACUUUCACAUGUGUAGAACAUAGAAAAAUUAUGCUAUGCCACCCACAACAGACAGUGAAAAAGUAGUACAUCUAUUAGUGGCUUAUAAAGAGAUUGUGUAAUUGUUGCCAGAAAAUCAAGGUACCUGAAAUGGUCCAGGUAGUUCACACAAGUCAUCUUACAGUGAAUGAAAGCUGUCUUAUCAAGCAGACAGGUAUGUUGAGUAUUGGACUUCUCUUCAUUUGAUUUGUUACCAAUUAAUGAUACAAUAAGCAUAUAUAUUACUGUUACAAAUGCAGGUCUAAUGUGUCAUUUACAUCUGGUUUAUUUGCAGUUUGAAAUGUCUGUGUGUUGGGGUUAAAUGCAAGAUAAUGGAAAAGGAUGCAGAUUAAUGGUCAGAUGCUGUGGUUGCCCCUCCUUCCCUCCCUCUCUUUCUCAAAUAGACACAUUCAUUAGACAAAUGCUUACAAAUGCAAAAGCACACAAACACAGGUACAGAGACACAUAAACACAGAUACAUAUAUAUGGAAGUAAACACAUGCACAUAUGUGCAUGUGUGUAAUUUUCUGCUUAUAGUUAUAUAUGAACUGGCUUCUACAUAUAUACAUAAAUUAAAAUUACUUGACCUAUAGAAUCUGCCACUGUUACUUUAAAUGUUUAUAUUACAGAAAAAGAAGAUUCACUUUAGAGUUUGUCAUGUUAACAGACAGUGAAGGUAGGCAUUCCAGCCUUGCUUUGGUAGACACUAACAAACUCAAGAAGAAAAUAUCGUACUAACUUUAAUUUGUUUUUAGGCUACCAACAGGACGUUUCAUUAUUGCUUUCAUUGUCCAGUCUCUCACAUAAGCAGAGUCUGUUAUUGUUAUGUACAGCAAGUCCUUGCUUUUUGUUGUGGUUUUCCUUAUGAAACAUAUAUAAUGAUAUGGAGUAAUGCAAUACCGUACUGACAUAGACAUAUAGCUAUCUUCCCUCAGAUACUGUUCUGGUCUUUCUGGGUGAUACCCAAAUUCAGCUUGUUUGAAUUCUCAUCAGGGAGGGUAGUUAUGUACAUUUCUAUAGUAAUGAUUCAUGGUUAUGGAAGUUUUUUCUAGUUUUGUAAAGCUUUGGCUCAGUGAAGUGAAAAUGAUAUCUAUUUUCAUUCAUUUAUCAUAGUUAACAAAAGCUGUAUAGGAAUGUCCUUUUUUGCAAGGUUGCUAUAUCUUCUAGGACAGCCCUGCAGGAAUGCCAGGUCUUAUCAGGGAACAUAGUCAUUAUUGCUGAAAAUAAGGUAGGAUUGGCUCAUUUUUUAACCCAGUACCUUUCAUGAUUCUGACUUGCAUGUUGACUAUACAAGAUAGGACAUAGUGUGACUUUUAUCUUUUGCCAGAUUUUAAGGAAAACUAAUCUAUGAUCUAGAAUUUUAAUUAUAAAGUUAAAAAUGUGUAGAAUCAAAACCUGGUAAGUUUAAUGCUAUCAGCAAAGGCUUUCUGUACAUACUAUUUUAGAAUUGUUUAUAUAUACUUAUUUUUUCAUACCAAUUUGCACUCAAAAAAUCUACUUUAUAUUUUUAUUUUGAUGAAUCAUUUGUUAUAUGCGCAUCGUAAAAUAUGAACAUUCCUAAACUCCAGGUUGUAAAUUCCUUUCUAUUCCCUUUUCUUAAUUAAAAUACCCAUAAAAAUCAGAUCUACAGGAGUUAACUUGAUAUUAAGUAGCAAGCUUUUGGUUUGCCCAAAUCAUACUUGUAUUUGUUAUAUAUUUCUUGAAGAAAGUGUUGUAUAAAUAUGUGUAUUUACAUACAUAUGGAUGUUGUUAACCCUCCUUCAGUUAGUAUUUAUGUUUGACUGUUUUUACACAAAAAAUCAACUGCAUUCUUCACGUGCUAACAGCGGACUGGUGAUUAGAAUUAAGUAUAUUCUAGCAAACCCUGCAUGUUACCAGUUUGGGUUUGACAGUGUUAGUUCUUUGUUGUUUUCCUGUAUAUUCUAAAAUGAGGAUGUAAGGCAUCAGAUACUGGCAGAUGCAUCCACUCCUGUAUCUUAUUGACAUUUGGAACACCCAGUCUACUGAUUUAGAAAAUUAUUCUAAAUACAAGCAAGGUCUUUUGGAGUUACUAGCAGCUGAAGAGGUUAACUUCUAUUCUUUUCUUUGUGUCUGUUUAAUACUCUGUGUGUGUGUGUGUGUGUGUGUGUGUGUGUGUGUGUGUGUGUGUGUGUGUGUGUGUGUG